UGAGGAGUUACAUUUUAACAAAGCCAGUUAGACAUUCCCUGGUGUGCUGUGUCAGAAUUCUCUCAGCAUUCACAGAUGAAACCUACGCAGUGCCAUGACGAACGCUGUAAUAUCUCUGCUGAAGAGCCCUGUGCUUGUUGCAGUCAUUUUGGUCACAGGGAUUGGGGGGACGUUCCAAUAUGGCUUCCACAUUUCUGUCCUCACUGCGCCGUCAGCCUACAUUAAAGAGCUGGUGAACAGCACAUGCGUGCAGAGAUAUGGCCUCUCUCUGGAGCACUGGCAGCUCUCGCUUAUCUGGUCCUUCAUCGUCUCCAUGUACUGCAUCGGGGGUCUGCUGGGCUCCCUGUGUGCUGGGCACAUCGCUUUCACCUAUGGCAGGAAGAUAUGCCUCAUGCUGAACAACGUGGUGGCCAUCUGCGGAGCCGUGCUGAUGGUGCUGAGCAAAACGGCACACUCCUUCGAGAUGAUCAUGGCGGGACGCUUCAUCUACGGCAUCAACGCAGGUGUGAGUCUGUCAGUCCACACCAUGUAUAUCCUGGACUGUGCCCCCAAAAAUUUAAGAGGGAUGGUCGGUGCUUCUGUGGGCAGUUUUGUUGCACUGGGGAAGUUUUUCGGCCAGUUGCUUGGCAUCAGUGAGAUAUUGGGAACAGAAGCUUUGUGGCCUUUCUUGCUGGCCUUCAGUGCCUUGACUGGUCUUCUGCAGCUUGUCUGUUUUUACUUCCUGCCUGAGUCUCCACGUUUCCUGCUCUUAAACCGGGGAGACAAAUCUGCCUGUGAGAAGGCUCUGCGGCAGCUGAGAGGUUCUCAUGCUGACUUCACAUCAGAAGUGGAGGAGAUGCUGGAGGAGUGUGUGGCCCUGCAGAGUGUGAGGAACCACAGCGUGCUGGAGCUCCUGCUCGCCCGCUCCAUCCGCUGGCAGCUAUACACCAUCUUAAUUACCUUCAUCACACUGCAGCUGUGUGGCAUCAAUGCUGUUUAUCUCUACGCCUCUGACGUGUUCCGCGCUGCAGGAAUCCCAGCACACAACUUGCGCUAUGUGACUCUGGGGACGGGGUUGUGUGAAUUCUCCACUGCAGUCGUCUGUGGGCUGGUGGUUGAGCACACAGGGAAGAAGUUAUUGAUGGUUCGGGGUUACAUGAGCAUGUCUGUUACACUGCUCCUUCUCACACUCACGCUGUACCUGCAGGUGCACGUGUCCUGGAUGCCGUACUGCAGCAUGGUGCUCAUCUUCGUCUUCAUCAUCUCCUUCUGCAGCGGACCAUCUUGUAUAACAGCAACCCUGCCUGGAGAGCUUUUCACCCAGUCCUUUCAGUCACCAGCCUUCACUGUGGCCUGCACUCUCAACUGGAUGGGGCUGUUCUUUGUGGGAAUGGUGUUUCCUUUAAUAGUGGAGCAUCUAGACUAUUUCUGCUUCCUCAUCUUCUUCGUCUUCUGCUUCGCCAACGCUGUGUUCUUUUGGUACAACGUACCCGAGACGAGGAACAAAUCCGCACUGGAGAUCACUGCUGAGUUCGAGAGGAUGCACAGCAAAGCGAAACACUCAGAGACCAAACUCAAAGCUCUGCAAGAUGCAAACACACAGAAUGGAAAAUGCACCAGACUCUGAUUCCACAACCUGUUAAACCUACAGCAUGUAAAACAUUGUAUGCUCAAAGUGUGUUUCUCAUUCACACAUUCAUCCACUUAUUCAUCCACUCAUUCAUUCAGUCAUCAACUCACACUUAUUCAUCCACUCAUUCAUUCAGUCAUCAACUCACACUUAUUCAUCCACUCAUUCAUUCAGUCAUCAACUCACACACUUAUUCAUCC